GAAAUUGCACCCGUUUAGCGGAGGAAUUCAGGCGGACGAGGUAGAACGCAGAAACCAGGAAGUUUGCGACGCGCUUUGAGUUUUUGAUAAAGUGUUUAAAGUUUGACGAUUUGUAAACAUUUAGCCGGUGGAAAUCCGGUGUUUAAUGUGUUGUUUUGCUGCACUUUACUGAAUCAGCCGUGUCGUUUGGUUUAGAAGAUGGGAGUUGGAGAUCCAAACAGUAUGGAGCAGGGGGCAUCGGCUUCGGUGCAGGAAACAGACCAGGUUAAGUCGUUGCAGUCUCAGGUGGAUGGUGUGAAGGACAUCAUGACUCAGAAUGUGGAGCGGAUCCUGGCACGUGGAGAAAGACUCGAUGACCUGAUGGACAAAUCUGAGGACUUGCAGGCCGGGGCGCAGAACUUCAAGCACACAUCUCAGAAGGUGGCUCGCGCUUACUGGUGGAAGAACGUGAAGCUGAUCGUGGUGAUGGUGGUCCUGGUAGCCCUCGUCGUCCUCAUCAUCGUGCUGCUUGCUACAGGAGUGAUCCCCACAAGUUCCCAGGUUGGCCCCACAACCAAACCACCAGGAAAAUAACCCCUUCACACUUGCUCAUACACAGACCUACACAUCAUACACAAACCUGAAAGCACACGCACACUUAGAUUAGUCUUAAACCAGUCUCACUCGGACCCAGCGUCUUGACCGCCCAACUCACAGGACACAGAGUUUUAAACUUCAUGCAGCCCUGAAACGUCUCGGAUCAAAACCCUCAGGAGUCAAUCUCCACGAAGAUCAAACAAAACGUCCCAAAAUUCCUGAUGUUGAUUUUACGAUGAAGCUUGUAGCAUUGAGCAUGUUUCCUGACUCACGUUUAUUCCUUUACAUCAGCAUCUGGUCAUCAGGUUUCCACAAAACAGUCAAGUUUUUUCACCUAAGUAAUAAAAUGACACACAAUAACAUGCUGAUUAUUUGUGGAAAAUAACUCCACUUUUUUCUUUCUUUAAACAUCCAAAAUUUUAUAGAAAUACCUACUAAUGAAAUCUGAAUCUGAGACACAGAUUUCUAAGAUUACACUUUGAAAUGUCUUGAAUUUCACACAGAUAGCUGGAAUUGAAGAUUUUGCACAAAAUUAUAUGUUGAACAUAUCUGGAAUCUUUAAAUUCAUGAAAUUACUGAAAUGAAAUUUGUAACAUACAAAGUAAUAGCUGGGGAUUAAAGAUGGUUUAAAAUGAAUGCACAACAAAUUAAAUAACUUUUUUUAAUUCAAUUUUAAGAUUUAAACUUGAAAUAAAAUUUGAAAUUGAACAAUUCAGAAAUUUCUCAUGAUAUCAAGGAAUUUAAGGAUUUUUAUUUGAAGUUACAGUUAAAAAAUAUCCAGAAGUUCUAAGAUGAUAAAUGAAAAUUUGACCAUUAAGCGAUGGAAUUUAUAAUGAGUUAAAUACCCUUUAAUUAGAUUUGACUGAUUUAAACCAAAAUCUAAAUGAAUCGCUAAUGUUGAAACUAAAAGCUAAAAUUAAGUUUUGAAAAUAAAUGACUAAUAAUUUGAAAUUGGAAAUGAAUCCUGAGGGCUGGAAAUAAGUUUCUUAAGAUUUAAAGUGUUUGUCAUAUGUGCAGUAAGGAAACAAGUUUCCCAAUACAAUGACAUUCUUUCCUUGCUAAAUCUUUCUUUCUCUGCUUAUUAAAACUGGAGGGAAACUGAAGCUAUUUUUAAGUUAAAUGUUGAGCAUAUUGUCACUUUAUGCUGAAAGGUCACUUGUAAGGUGUUACAUGUUAAUAAUUAAAAAAGAAAACCCAUAAAUUCAGAAAUUUGUACAUUUUAAACAUCAGAAAGUUUUAAUUUUGUGUCUUUGCUGUGGAAACCAUUUACUAGUGAUUUGAGUGUGUGUGAGAAAUUGUCAGAGGUUUGCCAGAGUGUGUGUGUGUGUGUGUAUGUGUGUGGGGGGGGGUUUAAAAGGAAAAUGUUUUUCCCCCUAACAGUGUGUGUAACGUUUGAAGGCCGAAGUUAAAAAGAUACGAACAAUAGCGCAAAUGCACUUUGCUUCAAUGUAGAGAUUGAAUAUUGUCUCCGAUUUUGUUUUAACAUUCCAACCUCUGAUGUAAAAGGUGAUCUUUCACUCAUUUUUGUUAAGUUAUAGUUUUAAAAAGAGGGAUCUCUAAACAGUUCAUAUUAGUGGCAAGUUUUGAUUUACAGCUUUGAUUUGAAGAUAUUAUGGCUACAUUUACUAUUAAUAAUAUUCUAUAUUAGUAACAAACAAUCUGAUUAGAGAUCGUAUCAGAGCUACAUUACAUAACAGUAGAGUCUUAUUUUCCGAGCUUAUAUUUUUCUAUAUUUCUACAAAUCAGUUCUUUGUGGUUUUACUUUCGAUUUGUGGAAAUCCUGUGAGGUCAAAAUGACUUCUUUUUGUAAAUAUGUAAGUCUUUUUUUUUUCUGUUGCAGAAAGAUUGUUUUGCCUAAAUCUCUUACUGUAGCAUCCAAGCUAGUGUUAGUAUCUUCCAUCUCAAAGGUUAUUUAUUGUUCCUGUUCCAUAUAAAUCUGUUUUCUGUGCCUCGUUGACUUUGUCAUGACUCGAAUCAGACACAUGAUCAUCAGUAAGACACACUGCCUCCACACACCUCACUCUGACUGAGUGAAGAGUUCAAAUGUUAACGUUAAUGCCCGACUUCAUCACUGAGAUGUGUGUGAGUGAGAGAGAGAGAGAGAGAGAGAGAUCAGGUAGUGUGUUAAAGGUUCGAAUUAAAUACUCAACCACUUCUUUUGAUGGGUUUUUGUUGUAAACCAUUAGUUAUAAAAACAAGCCUGUAGAGCUAUUUAAAAAAAAUAAACAAUCAGUACGUCAUUAAA